CGAACACCUCCCUCACCUGCCCUGCCCAUGUCAGCGCGGGCGACCCCUCGAAGGCCCGUGCUCCAGCAUGCUCCUCUCGCAUUGAGCGGCAGGCUCGGAUGUUGAGUUUCUGCGUGCCCUGGAUUGAAGGCCCUGGGUCUGUCGGCCUGAUGGAACGCGUCGUAACACACAGCAAAUCGAGUGCGAGCUGUUGACAAGCAGCUCUCGAAUCGGAAUGUCUCGAGUUCCACGCGCAGGUCAAAGAGCUGGGGUGACAAAUCUUCCGGGGCCUCUUUUGCGCAGUGUAUCGAGAUGGUGUCGCGUCAUGGUCCUCGUUGGUUUGCGCAGGGAUCGGGGGGAUAUAUAUACACGACUGCAGGCCACCACGACAUCAGCACAUCUGGAGAAGUCGAUGCUAGUGUGAUACCAAGUCCACUCAAGCAAGCAUGUCUGAGCCUCACUAUACCCUCGCCGAGGGCGUCCCCCUGCCUCGCAACGACAUCAUCGAGCAGCUGUCGACGGGAUCGGGAGGUGGCUAUGUCCUUUUGACCAGCACCCAGCUGCUGGAGAACCUGGCACACUUCUCUCGCGAGCGGAUUCCUGAACGAACCGUCCAUGCCAAAGCCGCCGGGGCCAGGGGCCAUUUCGAAGUGACCGACGACGUCUCGGACGUGACGGAUGCAGACUUCCUCAACGGCAUCGGCAAGAAGACUGAAGUGCUGAUGCGCAUCUCGACCGUCGGCCCUGCUCGAGGCUCUGCCGACACGGUGCGUGAUUUCCGCGGGUUUGCCAUCAAGUUCAAGACGAACGAGGGCAAUCAGGACUGGGUCUUUAACAACCAGCCCGUCUUCUUCGUCCGCGACCCCAUGAAGUUUCCCUCGUUGAAUCGAAGCCACAAGCCGCACCCGCGCACCAAUGCCUCGGACGCCAGCAUGUUCUGGGACUUCCACGUCAACAACCAGGAGAGCAUCCACGCCCUGAUGUUCCUGUUUGGGGACCGCGGGCUGCCGUCGUCGGUGCGCCACGUCAACGGCUACAGCGGCAACACGUACAAGUUCACCAAGGACAACGGGGCCUCGUACGUCUACACGCGCAUCACCUUCAAGACGGUGCAGGGGAUCCAUUACUACACCAACGCCGAGGGCGCCGACAUCGCCGGCAAGGACCCGGACGCGCAUCUGCUCGACCUGCAGAACGCCAUCGACAAGGGCGACUUCCCGCAGUGGGACGUGUACAUCCAGGUGAUCCGGCCCGAGGAGGUGGCCGCGGCGCCCAUCAACAUCUUCGACAUGACCAAGGUGUGGCCCAAGGGGCGGUACCCGCUGCGCAAGAUGGGCCGGGUGACGCUGGACACGAACCCGCUGAACUGGUUCGCCGAGAUCGAGCAGGCCGCCUUCAGCCCCAGCAACAUGGUGCCGGGCAUCGCAGCCUCGCCGGACCCGAUGCUCCAGGCCCGCAUGUUCGCGUACCCGGACGCCGCCCGCUACCGGCUGGGCGUCAACUACCAGUUCCUGCCGACCAACGCCGCCCGGGGCCCCGUCUACUGCCCGAUCGAGCGUGACGGCUUCAUGAACUUCACGACCAACUACGGCGCCGACCCCAACUACCUGGGCACCCGGCUCAAGCCCGUCCGCUUCUCGAACCGCACCAGCGCCGCCGCCGUCGCCAGCACCGACUUCGCCACUGUCCAGGAGCUGAAGCGGCUCAGCCUGGGCAGCGCCGACGAGGUCCAGCUGGCCCACCCCGUCGCGGCCUUCACCCAGGUCGACGACCACCGGGACUUUGAGCAGGCCACCGCCCUGUGGAAGAUCAUGGAGAAGCAGGAGGGCGCGCAGGCCCGGUUUGUCGACAACGUCGCCGCGCACGUCAGUGGCGUGGGCGAGAAGUGGUUGAGGGAGGCUGCCUACGCCAUGUUCGCCAAGGUCGACAAGCAACUGAGCGAGAAGAUCCAGAAGGUCACCGAGACCAAGAUCCAGAACGACCACAAGCACCCGCACAAGUCUGCCUGGCAUUGAGCGUGAGCGUGAGCGUAAGCGUCAGCUUAGCUGGUGCGGGCACAGAGGUUGAUCCUCCAGGCACAAACUCAGGACCUGGGACCGAAGAUUGAUUGAGCUCUGUAUACGCUGCCAGCCCUAAAAGCCAAAGCGAACCUAGGUACCUACUUACCUGCUUGUAGGGGACUGUUUCUAGUUCUCCAAGUAACUACGUAGUAACGUACGUUUGUAAGUAUGUGGUAAAGCCCCCCACUUCACAGACGAAUGCAAUGAAAAUAAUAAUCCUA